UCAAUCGCGGGUCAAUGCUUUGCUCAGACCUUGAAUGCUCUGCUCUCUCUGAUCAUCACCCACACCCUUUCCUCCAUUGAUAUCCUGAAGAUGACGAGGUCCAUGGAAGACCUCUACAUCCGCCACCACACUACCUCCACUUUCCUCCUCAGCCUCUCUUCCUCCUUCUUCCUCCUCCUCCUCCUCCUCCUGCCGUCUCUUCCUUCCAUCUACUCCGAAACUGCUUACACCCUCCCCACGGCCUACUUCAUCAACUGCGGCUCCACCCACAGCGUCAACGUCUCAGCGAGGCUGUUCGUCGGGGACUCCGAGGCCUCCCCCUCAUCCUUCAUGUACCAGGACAGCUCCCACGAUGCCUCCAACUCCUCCUCCUCCGUCGACCUUUACCGAACUGCGAGGAUCUUCAAGGCACCAAGCUCGUCCUACAGAUUCAAGGUCAAUAGCCCAGGCUCCCCGCACUUCCUUCGCCUCCACUUCUACUCCUUUGUGUCCGCUGGGGGUCGGCUCGACCUCUCCGGCGCCAUCUUUAACGUGUCCGUACAAGGCCUCACGCUCUUACCCAAUUUUAGUAACCCGGCAGGUAGUGCUAACAGCAGCACUGCGACGGCGACGGUGAGGGAGUUCCUGCUGACCGUUAAUGGAGAUGUUUUCGCCGUCUAUUUCACCCCGAUCGGGUCGUCGUCUUUCGCGUUCGUGAACGCCCUUGAAUUCUUCCCUGUCCCCGAGGGGCUCGUCCCCGUUUCCAUCCCGACAUCGAGUGUCGGCUCUAAUGGUGACUUCAUGGAGCAUCGGCGGGAGGUUCUUGCCACUAGGUACAGGUUGAAUGUCGGCGGUCCCGCGGUAGAACCCGGCUCCGACACCCUCUGGAGGCAGUGGGGUAACGACUCUGGUUUCCUCCAGAACCCGGAAGCUUCGCAGACAAAGACUUACCCAGAUGACCUCGAUUACCAAUAUGACCUCACCGGCGUCGAUAUCUACACAGCCCCACGGAUCGUGUACCAGACCGUGAGGUAUUUAAAUGCUACCGACGGAGUCUAUUCCAAUGUCACAUGGCGGUUCCGCGUUAGCCCGAAUUCCAGCCAUGUGGUCCGGUUCCAUUUCUGCGAUAUACUCGGCAUAGGAGAUAACACUGUGUGGUUUAAACUAUCUGUAAAUGAUAAUUUCACCAUGGGAAUUCAGGAUAAGGACGACUAUGUUCGUUUGAAGGUCCCUUUCAAUCAAAGCUCGGUGGUUAAGUCAGGUGUGGAUGGAUUAAUCAAGGUCUCGAUUAGGAACAAUUCGGGUAGCAGCCAGUCGAGUUCAUUGCCGUUAGCUUACCUCAACGGCCUUGAGAUGAUGGAGAUGAUUGGGUAUUGGGAUGGGAAAUCCACGGCCACUAUGCCCAAAAAAAGCCAUACCCGCCUCAUACUCGGGGUAGCUUUUGGGAGCUUCGGGCUGCUCCUUGUACUGGUUCUCGUCGGAGUUCUUGCUCUGAAGGGUAGAAGGCAAAAGCCGACCGAUACGGUCUCAGUUUGGUCUCCACUCCCUGCUUUUGCUGGAUUUGGCAGCUCUCAUGGCAAUAAAUCUAGUGAUCCGAGCAUCUCUAGCAACUCCCCCGUCCUGAACUUGCACCUAGGCCUGAAGAUCUCUUUGUCGGAGAUCCUUUUCGCAACUAACAACUUCGAUAGUAAGUUGAUGAUCGGCCGGGGUGGGUUUGGGAACGUCUAUAGGGCGACCCUGAGGAAUGGGACCCAAGUGGCCGUGAAGAGGAGUGAGCCUGGGUCGAGCCAGGGCCUGAUGGAAUUCCAGAGGGAGAUCAUCGUCCUGUCCAAGAUCCGCCAUCGCCACCUCGUGUCCCUGAUCGGAUAUUGUGCCGAGAAGUCGGAGAUGAUUCUGGUCUAUGAGUUCAUGGAGAAGGGCACGUUAAGGGAACACUUGUACAAUACGGACCUCCCUGUCCAAAAAAAUAAGGACCUCCCAGUCCUGCCCUGGAAGCAGAGGCUGGAGAUCUGUAUCGGGGCGGCGCAAGGGCUGCAAUACCUCCACGAGGGGGCAGCUAACGGAAUAAUUCAUCGUGAUGUCAAGUCCACCAACAUAUUGCUUGAUGGCAAUUACGUGGCGAAGGUGGCCGAUUUUGGGCUGUCGAAGCUCAGUUCGUCCCUCCUGGAUCAGUCUCAGAUGAGCACGGGCUUGAAGGGAACAUUCGGGUACCUGGACCCAGAGUAUUUGAAGACCCAGCAGAUGACCGAAAAAUCCGAUGUCUAUGCUUUUGGGGUGGUCCUCCUCGAGGUCCUAUGCGCGAGGCCUCCAAUUGAUAACAUGCUCCCAAGGGAGCAAAUGAACUUGGCGGAGUGGGGAACUGCAAAUUUCCAGAAGGGAACGCUCGAGAAGAUCGUCGAUCCAUUGAUGUCAGGGCAGAUCAAUCCCAAUUCUCUGAGGAAGUUCGGGGAGACCGCUGAGAAGUGCCUUAAAGAGGACGAUCAGGAGAGGCCGAGCAUGGCAGAUGUCCUAUGGGACCUGCAGUAUGCUUUGCAACUUCAAGGCAGUCCAGUCCCGAGACAACUGCACGAGGACAGCACGACUAAUGGCUCAUCCAUGUUAGGUUUCUCCGAAGUUCAGAGGCUCCCCUCGUUCAGCAUGUCGUUCACUGAAGAUGAUUCGUUGAUCAGGAAGGAGAACGAGCACGAAUCCUUGAAUAACUAGUAUUGUAAUGGUUCUGUAAUUUAUCAUUGUGUUAUGUCGACGCAUUAGUUGGUGUGGUGUCUCCCUUGCUAUCAUCUGAAACUGUUCUAAGUGAAAAAAGCUCAUUUCCCAAAGCUCA